ACACUCUCCAGGCUUCGGCUUCGUUCUUGCCGGACGGUGCUGAAGGUUUCGUUUGCCUGCAGGUGCUGUGAGGUCAUUCACCCUUACUUUUGUCACCGUGCUUCGUGAAAUCAGACAAUAGAUCGGCGUCGCACCUAGCUUUCACCUGCGUUUGUCACUCCUCUGCAUUUUGAACCGCCGACAUGAAAGAAAAAAUCGAAGAGAAGCUCAAGUCCGUUCUCCAUAGGAGAAAGAAGUCUACGCCCACGCAAUCCCCUCGAGCCUCGUACGAACAGUCCGAGGAGACUAGUCCGCGCACCCAGCAGCACCCAGCAUCACCGCGCAGCCGUCUCCAGCAAGAUUCCGCAAUCGCAAACGAUGCUUUUCACUCGGACACGAGGAGUCAACCACGGGACUCUGCCUACCACGACGGACGAGCGAGUCAUGCGGCAGCAGCUCCGAACACGGACCUCAAUGGAUCCAUUGCGGAUGAUUACAGAUCUUACCUUCCAGCUUUAGCUUCUGAAGAAGACCCAAUGGCCGAGGCAGACGUACCAGACAGACAUCUUCGAUAUAGACCAUCGACUGAUGCGGGGCGGUUGAAGCCUCUUCCCGACACACCAAAUUCUUCAAGUCAUCAUCGCGUCGAUCGCUCCAAACACCUGAUCGAUAGUACUGGCCCUGGCAGCACAAUACGCGCAGUACCGUCUGAACCCUCCAGACACCAAGUCAGCAACGCCGGCUUCAACGAUAGCCUUCGAUCGCACAGAGAGAGUUCUCCAUAUGAGAACCAUGGCCUGAUGAAGAGUGGUCAUCCGGUGGGAGGGUCUGCCGAGGAUGAUGCGCUGGCUGUGAAGCCUGUUCCAGGUCUUGCAAUUACGAAGGACCAACAUGGCAUGGACGGUAGUCAUGACUGGAAGACGAAGCAGAAAGCUAUGCUUGAAGGUGUUGUGAAUCUGAAAGAUACUGUGGAUACGGAUAAAGAUGUCACCGUCGCCCCAGCCGUUGUACACGAAGUUAUCAAGCCACAUGAGCACGAGGUUAUACAGCAGCGCAUCCACCGCGAGAUCCACAACUAUACAUACUACCACCGGCUACAGCCGGUUCUUCAGACCGAGGUCCUCCCCCCUCGUCACUUCAUUCCCAAUCCUGAUGGAGAGGGCUUGAUCGAGAUUUCUGCCGACGAGUUGCCAAAUCGUACUGGUAAGAACAGAUGGUGGGACAUAGUCCAGAAGGAGCCAGUCCUUCCAGCAACUCCAUUCGAAUGGCGCACGGAGCCGCAGAUUAUUGAGGGAAAGCCGUACAUAACCGAAGAGGGCUUCGAACGUAGGGAGACGACUAUCAUCUAUCCACCAAAGCUGGCAGAUAUGUCGCGCUAUCAAGGACUGGUUCAGCCAGUGCAUUUCGAUCACAAAACUGGAGAGCGAUGGUUGGGAGAAGUAACGACGGUUGAGAAGUUGAACCGGGAGCUGGAGCGUACAGAGGACGAGGAUUUCAUGACCAUGAAGGACAUUACUGCAGAUUUGCCGAAAGUUUCAUCAAGUCCCUCUGUCAAGCGGAAGCCUGUCGGUCGCGACUCUCUCUAGCGAUUCACUCGCUAUCGGUUAUCAAGCAUGCAUCAGUUCAGCGAAGGCGCCAUCGGGGGAGGUGGGUUUCAUAAACUGUACCUCUAACAUGUAUAUCUAGGGUCCAGUGACCACAUUAUGACUAAUUCGUAAUCUGCUUUUCCUCAUGACCAAACCCCUACUUCUUGAAUGCCCCAUCUCUUCACGAAGUGGCCAUUUGGCCGUCACCAGCUCGCCGAGAUCGUGCAACUACAUUGCGUCGUGCCUUCCUUUCUCUAUCCGUAACCACUGAAGUGUC